GCGGCGGGGCGCUGCGCUGUUGCCAUGACAACGGCUCAGUGACGGCCCGUGCCGAGACGCCCCCCCCCCUCAUUCCCCCCGCGCGGCCCGGCCUGGCCCGGCCCCGCCCGGCCUCUCCCCCCCCCCCCCCGGGUCCGGCCGGGCUGGGCUGACGCGCGCUCCCGCAGGCCGGGCAUGGCGGCGCGCUGGCUGCAGCUGUGGCGAGGCUACGGGCGGCUCCUGGCGCGGCGGCCCUGGACCGUGCAGAUCACCACGGCCGGGGCCCUGAUGGGCGUUGGAGAUGUGGUCUCUCAGCAGCUGGUAGAGCAGAAAGGCCUGAGGAGGCACAGUGGCCGCAGGACCCUGAGGAUGAUGGCAAUCGGCUUCUGCUUUGUGGGCCCUGUGGUGGGAGGCUGGUACAAGCUGUUGGAUCGGCUUGUCCUUGGCACCACGAAGACAGCGGCCGUGAAGAAGAUGGUGCUGGACCAGGCUGGCUUCGCCCCGAUCUUCCUCGGCAGCUUCCUUGCCGUCGCCGGUGCGGUCAACAGUCUGUCUGCAAAAGAGAACUGGGAAAAGAUCCAGCGAGACUAUGCUGAUACCCUUGUCACCAACUACUAUAUCUGGCCGGCAGUGCAGGUUGCCAACUUCUACUUCAUCCCCCUGAACUACAGGCUAGCCGUGGUGCAGUGCGUUGCCAUCAUCUGGAACUCCUACCUCUCCUGGAAGGCGAACCAGCCAUGAGCCCCCAACACAUCCCACAUGGCUGCCCAUGCUUCUCCGGUGACCCCAUGGCCUGGGUCCCGCUCCCUCUCCCACCAUGCUGUGCUGGUCCUCAGGGGUCGUCCACAGCAUGGAAGGGGCUGGGAGCCCCAUCGCAGGUCCACCCCAGCCAGACUCAUCAAAGAGGCAGCACAGGGCCCAAGGUGUGGCACCACGACUGCCCCAGCACAGGCCUGGCCCCAGCCCUGACUGAGCCCAAAUCAUGCUGUGGAGGGAGCUGUGCUGCCCCACCCGCCCCUCCAUCCCUCUAUGCAGGGCUAUGCUGAGACAGCCCCACUGGGGACAAUAAAAUGUGGUGGAUGA